CAACGUGGAAGAUAAAAGAAGUCAGUUUACCGGUGAUAAAUACACUGCGAAUAUCUUCGAUUGCUGAAAGAGUUAUAGUGUUAGUUUGCCCGUCAUGGAGGCGGCUUCGGAUGGAGCACCUAGCUCCCCGACCACUUCAGAAGCUGCUGUGGUUGAUGUGAAGAGUUUCACAAAUUAUCUUCGUCGAAUUGUACCGCUCCUUCUCGAAGGUGACCCCGAAAUACCUCUCGAGCUCGACACAGCUCUCAAAGAUGCCCUACACGUCGAUUACAUCAGGAAAUUUGUCUCUGAUGCUCAAACGAGAAGUCUACUUGUUCAGCGAACACCACUGAAAGAUGAAGAAGAAAACGAUGAGACCUCGUCCACCGAGAGUGGCGCAGAAAACGAGCGUGAAAGAGCAAUUUAUUCGCUAGACUUGGAUGUCCAUUACACAGCUCCAAAGCUUACGAGUGUAGCCUUCAUCAAGCGAGGGGCAAUUGUCGAUGCCGACAAGAAGAUCACAACACAGAUCCGUGUGAUAAAUUUAAACGAGGGCUCGCCUUAUGAAACUCUUCAUUCCUAUAUUAGCAAUGCUGUGGCGCCAUAUUUCAAGUCAUUUGUCAGGAAAUCUGGAAAGGCGGACAGAGAUGGUGAUAAAAUGGUCCCUUCUGUGGAAAAGAAAAUUGCUGAGUUGGAAAUGGGGCUGCUUCAUUUGCAGCAGAAUAUUGAUAUCCCAGAGAUCUCUUUAGCAAUUCACCCUGUGGUGACAGCAAUGGUGAAGAAGUGUGCAGAAGAAGGACGAAGGCCUAAAGUACAAGAUUUUGGUGACAAAGUUGAGGAUUCAACUUUCUUGAAUCAACUUCAGAAUGGUGUCAACAGAUGGAUUAGAGAAAUUCAAAAGGUCACAAAGUUAGACCGUGAUCCAGCAUCUGGUACAGCUUUGCAAGAGAUAAGCUUCUGGUUAAAUCUUGAGAGAGCCUUGCUAAGAAUCCAGGACAUCAGAGAGAGUCCAGAUAUUGCACUUACCUUGGAUAUCUUAAAACACGGGAAAAGGUUUCAUGCUACUGUCAGCUUUGACACUGAUACAGGUUUAAAGCAGGCCUUGGCAACAGUGAAUGACUACAACCCACUCAUGAAGGAUUUUCCUCUGGAUGACCUUCUGGCAGCAACAGAACUGGACAAGAUCCGAGCUGCGUUGAGUGCAAUUUUCUCUCAUUUGAAAAAGAUCCGUAGCACAAAGUAUCCAAUCCAAAGAGCACUGCGUCUCGUAGAAGCAAUCUCCAGAGACCUCAGUUCACAGCUUUUAAAGGUAUUGGGAACCAGAAGAUUGAUGCACAUCACUCAUGAAGAAUUUGAAAAAAUUAUGGUAGCUUGCUUUGAAGUGUUCACAACAUGGGAUGAUGAAUAUGAAAAGCUUCAAACCUUGUUGCGAGACAUUGUAAAGAAGAAAAGAGAAGAAAGCUUGAAGAUGGUGUGGAGAGUGAAUCCAGCUCACAAAAGACUUCAGGCCAGGCUUGACCAGAUGAGAAAAUUUCGCCGUCAGCAUGAACAACUCCGAGCUGUCAUUGUCCGUGUUCUCCAGCCUCCUACUGUUGGCCAAGCAUCUCCUCCCAGCCCUGGUGGUCCCCCUCAGACAGAGGAUGAGGAGACAAAACCAGAAGUGCUGCUUGACCCAGCUGAUGCUAAUGCUAUACAGGAAGUAAACCUGGCAUAUGAAAAUGUCAAGGAAGUUGAUGGACUUGAUGUGUCAAAAGAUGGCUCAGAAGCUUGGGAGGCAGCCAUCAAGAGGUAUGAUGAGCGCAUAGACAGAGUGGAGACUCGCAUCACAGCUCGGCUAAGAGAUCAGCUUGGAACUGCUAAGAAUGCCAAUGAGAUGUUCAGGAUCUUUUCAAGAUUCAAUGCUUUGUUUGUGCGUCCACACAUCAGAGGUGCAAUCCGGGAAUAUCAGACUCAACUGAUCCAGAGGGUGAAGGACGACAUUGAGGCUCUUCAUGACAAGUUCAAGAUUCAGUAUCCAUACAGCAAAGCUUGCAAGAUGAGCAAAGUACGAGACUUGCCUCCUGUGUCUGGCUCCAUCAUCUGGGCAAGACAGAUUGAUCGGCAGCUCUCUGCCUAUAUGCGGCGUGUUGAAGAUGUACUUGGCAAGGGCUGGGAAAAUCAUGUUGAGGGACAGAAGCUGAAGGGAGAUGGUGACAGCUUCAGGCAGAAACUUAACACUCAAGAACUGUUUGAUGAUUGGUCAAGAAAGGUGCAGCAGCGAAAUCUUGGAGUUUCUGGUCGAAUCUUCACCAUUGAAAGUACCAGAGCUAGAGGAGGUGGCAGAGGAAAUGUUCUGAAACUGAAAGUCAACUUUUUGCCAGAAAUCAUCACACUUUCCAAAGAGGUUCGUAACUUAAAGUGGCUGGGUUUCCGAGUUCCACUGGCAAUUGUAAACAAAGCACAUCAAGCAAACCAGCUUUAUCCAUUUGCCAUCUCACUGAUUGAAAGUGUGCGCACAUAUGAAAGGACUUGUGAAAAGGUUGAGGAGAAGAACUCCAUAUCAAUUCUUGUGGCUGGCUUACGCAAAGAAGUACAAGCCCUAAUUACUGAAGGUAUGGUGCUUGUUUGGGAGUCUUACAAGCUUGAUCCUUAUGUGCAGAAAUUAGCUGAAGCUGUCUUCAACUACCAAGAAAAGGUUGAUGACCUGCUGAGCAGUGUUGAGAAGAUUGAUAUAGAGGUGCGUUCCCUUGAGACUUGCGCUUACAACAGUCAGACGUUCAGAGAUGUUCUGGGUAAAGUUCAGAGAGCUGUGGAUGAGUUGAACCUUCAUUCUUACUCCAAUCUUGCCCAGUGGGUUGGAACACUUGAUCAACAGGUCGAGAAAUUCUUGUCAGGUCGUUUGGAGGCUGGCUUGAAGAGCUGGACUGAUUGUUUGAAAGGAAGCAGGACAACCAGACACAUUGAUGAUACAGACUCUUCCAUGAUGGCUCACAAGCCAGGGGGGGACCCUGAUAUUCAGAUCCUGAAGCAUGAGAUCCUUAUUCAGAACCAAGUGCUUUUCAUACAGCCUCCAGUGGAAAAAGUGCGAGAUCACUUGAUAGCCGAGCUGCAUUUGUGGGUUGCAAUUAUUACAUUGCUGCCUCGCAUCCAGAGUUCCCGAUAUCAGGUUGGUUUAGAGCGCGACGAGUUUGAGACUGACACCACCUAUCGCAACCUCUUGGCAAAACUUCCUGAAGGUCCAGUUUACCUGCAAGCUGCUUAUGCUGCAAUUGAAGAGAAGGUUGCAAAGAUGGAAGAGUAUGUACAGGUUUGGUUGCAGUACCAGUCUCUCUGGGACAUGGACAUGAGUAUGAUCUACAACAGACUGGGAGAAAACAUGGAGAAAUGGAUGGUGCUGCUCAAAGAUAUCAAGCGAGCGCGUGUCACAUUUGACACUUCAGAGACACAGAAAGUUUUUGGUCCCAUUGUCAUUGACUACCACCAGGUUCAAUCUAAAGUUAACAUGAAGUAUGACACCUGGCACAAAGAAAUCCUCAGCAAGUUUGCUUCACGCCUUGGAGAUAACAUGCAAGACUUCUAUGGCUCAGUCUCAAAGGCUCGCACUGACAUGGAGCAGCAGACAAUCGAGGGAGCAUCCACAUCAGAUGCCGUUGGUUUCAUAACUGUGGUGCAGUCUCUAAAAAGAAAACUCAAGAACUGGGAAAAAAAUGUGGAGAUGUACAAGGAAGGACAGAGAAUCUUGGAACGACAGAGGUUUACCUUCCCUCCAUCGUGGCUGUAUGUAGACAACAUUGAAGGAGAGUGGGGUGCAUUUAAUGACAUCCUGAAGAGGAAGGACUCCAGUAUUCAGACACAGGUUGCAACACUACAGAUGAAGAUCAUCUCUGAGGACCAAGCUGUGGAAACCCGCACCUCAGAACUGCUGUUUGAGUGGGAGAAAGGGAAACCAGUCCAGGGUAACACCAGACCUGAUGUUGCACUGAACAACUUGGCUAUCUAUGAGGGAAAGUUCUCCAGACUGAAGGAAGACAGAGACAAUGUCGCCAGGGCUAAGGAAGCUUUGGAGCUUAUGGAGCCAGGAACAUUGGUGGCCAGUGAUGAGCGAGUCCAGGUUGGGUUGGAAGAACUGCAAGACUUGAAGGGUGUGUGGUCAGAACUUGCAAAGAUCUGGGAGAAAGUGGAUGAGUUGAAAGAAAAACCUUGGCUUUCAAUUCAGCCCAGGAAGCUACGUCAGUCACUUGAUGCCUUGUUGAAUGACAUGAAGAACCUUCCUGCUCGGCUCAAGCAGUAUUCUUCAUUUGAGUAUGUCCAGAAGACAAUCAAGACUUACUUGAAGGUAAACAUGCUGAUUGUGGAACUCAAAUCAGAAGCCCUGAAAGAACGACACUGGAAGACACUGAUGAGAAAGCUUCAUGUGAACUGGGUGCUGAGUGACUUGAGCUUAGGACAAGUGUGGGAUGUAGAUCUUCAGAAGAAUGAGGGAAUUGUCAAAGAUGUCAUCCUUGUUGCUCAGGGAGAAAUGGCUUUGGAGGAAUUCUUGAAACAGGUGCGAGAUGUAUGGCAGAGCUAUGAAUUGGAGCUGGUGAACUACCAGAACAAAUGCCGUAUCAUCCGCGGUUGGGAUGACCUGUUCACUAAAGUCAAGGAGCACAUUAACAGCGUCUCUGCCAUGAAACUCUCUCCAUACUACAAGGUCUUUGAAGAAGAUGCUCUUCAAUGGGAGGAGAAGUUGAAUCGCAUUCAUGAUGUGUUUGACGUGUGGAUUGAUGUCCAGCGCCGAUGGGUGUACCUGGAUGGUAUCUUCAGUGGCAGUGCUGAUAUCAAGGCUCUUCUUCCAGUGGAGACUCAGCGAUUCCAGAGCAUCAGCACAGAAUUCCUGACACUGAUGAAGAAAGUGGCAAAGACUCCCUUGAUUGUAGAUGUGCUGAACAUUCAAGGUGUUCAGAGACAGUUGGAACGUCUUGCUGAUCUGCUUGGUAAAAUCCAAAAAGCUCUGGGUGAAUACCUGGAGAGGGAGAGAGCAUCAUUUCCAAGAUUCUACUUUGUGGGAGAUGAAGACUUACUUGAGAUUAUUGGAAACAGCAAGAGCAUUCCAAAACUACAAAAGCACUUCAAGAAGAUGUUCGCUGGUGUGGCAGCCAUUGUUCUUAAUGAAGAUGAGACUUUAAUAACUGGUUUGAGUUCCAAGGAAGGAGAAGAGGUGGUUUUCAAGAAAGCUGUGUCUUUGAAAGAACACCCCAAGGUCAAUGAAUGGCUGACAUGUGUUGAGACUGAAAUGCGCACCACCCUGGCUACAUUAUUGGCCACAGCAGUGACUGAAAUACAGCAGUUCAACUCUGAAUCCAUUGAUGGGCAAAAGUACAUGCACUGGGUCGAUGGCUACCAGGCUCAACUUGUGGUACUAGCCUCCCAGAUUGCUUGGUCAGAAAGCUGUGAGGAAGCACUGCAAGCCAUCUCCUCGUCAUCAAACCAAAAAGACCUGGGGCCAAUGAUGAAGGUUCUUAGAGUGGUUGAAGCAACGCUGAACAUCCUGGCUGACUCUGUGUUACAAGAACAGCCUCCAGUAAGGCGACGCAAGCUGGAGCACUUGAUCAUUGAACAUGUACAUCAACGUGACGUCACACGCCAGCUGAUCAACACUCAAGUCUCCAACACAAAAGCUUUUGAGUGGCUCUGUCAGAUGAGAUUCUACUUUGACCCAAAACAGAAAGACGUCCUACAACAGCUUUCAAUCCACAUGGCCAAUGCCAAGUUUAAUUAUGGAUUUGAGUACCUUGGAGUCCAAGACAAGCUUGUCCAGACCCCCCUGACAGAUCGCUGCUAUCUUACCAUGACACAGGCCUUAGAGGGAAGAUUAGGAGGGUCACCCUUUGGUCCUGCUGGAACAGGAAAAACAGAAUCGGUUAAAGCUCUUGGUCAUCAACUGGGAAGAUUUGUGUUGGUCUUCAACUGUGAUGAAACAUUUGACUUCCAGGCCAUGGGUCGUAUCUUUGUCGGUUUGUGCCAAGUGGGUGCAUGGGGCUGCUUUGACGAGUUCAACCGUCUGGAAGAAAGAAUGUUGUCAGCUGUUUCGCAACAGAUUCAGACCAUUCAGCUCUCUCUCAGAGAAGGCAGCACUGAUCUAUCUGCACCAAUCACUAUUGAACUGGUGGGCAAGCAAGUGAGAGUAAGCCGCGACAUGGCAAUCUUCAUUACAAUGAACCCAGGUUAUGCUGGACGUUCCAACCUCCCAGACAACUUGAAAAAGUUGUUCCGCAGCUUGGCCAUGACUACUCCUGACCGACAGCUUAUUGCUCAGGUCAUGCUGUACUCACAGGGUUUCAGAACUGCAGAGAAACUAGCCACAAAGAUUGUUCCAUUCUUCAAAUUAUGUGGAGAGCAGUUGUCUAACCAGUCUCAUUAUGACUUUGGCCUCCGCGCAUUGAAGAGUGUACUGGUCAGUGCUGGUAAUGUCAAACGCGAGAAGAUCCAGAGAAUAAAAGAAAGUUUGACUGAAGAAGGCCAGGAAGCUGACGAAGCAGCAAUCUCUGAGCGGCUUAAUGAACAAGAGAUUUUGAUCCAGAGUGUUUACGAGACAGUUGUACCAAAGCUUGUGGCAGAAGAUAUUCCUCUUCUUCAGAGUCUGUUGUCAGAUGUUUUCCCAGGAGUUCGUUAUGUUGGCGCCGAGAUGACAAGCCUUAAGGCCGAGAUAAAGAAAGUUUGUGCUGAGACGCACCUUGUGUAUGGGGAUGGAGAAGAACAAGGUGGCGCAUGGGUGGAGAAGAUCCUUCAGUUGUAUCAGAUAUCCCAGAUUCAUCAUGGAUUGAUGAUGGUUGGACCGAGUGGAAGCGGAAAAUCUACAGCUUGGCGCACUCUGUUAAAGGCUUUGGAAAAUUUAGAGGGCGUAGAGGGUGUGGCACAUGUUGUUGACCCCAAGGCCAUUUCCAAGGAAGCUUUGUAUGGAACUCUUGAUCCCAAUACAAGAGAGUGGACAGAUGGGUUGUUCACUCACAUUCUCAGAAAGAUCAUUGACAAUGUCCGUGGUGAGAUUAACAAAAGACAGUGGAUCAUUUUUGAUGGCGAUGUUGAUCCGGAGUGGGUGGAGAAUUUAAACAGUGUCCUGGAUGACAAUAAGUUGCUCACUCUGCCAAAUGGGGAACGUCUUGGAAUUCCAUCUAAUGUGCGAAUCAUGUUUGAAGUACAAGAUCUACGUUUCGCCACUCUUGCUACAGUCAGCCGUUGUGGAAUGGUUUGGUUCAGUGAGGACGUUUUGUCGACGGAAAUGAUUUUUGACAAUCACCUGCUUCAGAUGAAGAAAGUACCAGUGGAGGAGGUUGAAGAAGAGAUCAGGAGAAUCAAACCCCAAGGAAAGGCUGAAGACGCCUUGUCACCAACAAUGCAGGUCCAGUGUGAUUUUGUAGACAUUAUUCAUGAGCACUUCUCAUCUAACGGUCUUGUGGUAAAGAGCUUGGAGUUUGCAUUCAAGCAGGAACAUAUCAUGGACUUUACUCGCAUGAGGGCACUGGAAUCGCUCUUCUCCAUGAUCCAUCAAGGAAUCAGGAAUGUUCUUCAGUACAAUCAACAACAUCCGGAUUUUCCAAUGGAGAGAGAUCAGAUUGAACGUUACGUCCCACGCUACUUGAUCUUCUGUAUUCUUUGGGCUUUCUCCGGUGACUGUAAGCUGAAGACGAGAGAAGACUUGGGAAACUUCAUCAAGAGCAUCACUACAAUUCCUUUGCCUGCCAGCUCAUCACAGUCCAUUGUUGAUUAUGAGGUUACAAUCCAAGGUGAAUGGGCACUAUGGCAGUCAAAGGUUCCUCAGAUUGAGGUAGAAACGCAUAAGGUGGCAGCCCCCGAUAUUGUGGUACCAACAGUCGACACUGUGCGACAUGAAGCUCUUCUGUACACCUGGCUAGCGGAGCACAAACCCAUGGUGCUCUGUGGACCCCCUGGCAGCGGCAAGACUAUGACACUCUUCAGUGCCUUGAGAGCUCUUCCUGAUAUGGAGGUUGUUGGUUUGAAUUUCUCCAGUGCUACCUCCCCUGAGCUGCUCCUGAAAACUUUCGAUCAUUAUUGUGAGUACAGAAGAACUCCGAAUGGAAUCGUCCUUGCUCCUGUACAACUUGGAAAGUGGAUGGUGCUGUUCUGUGAUGAGAUCAAUCUUCCAGACAUGGACAGUUAUGGAACUCAGCGUGUCAUCUCCUUCCUGAGACAAAUUGUAGAGCAUGGCGGAUUCUACCGCACCAGUGACCAGGCCUGGGUAACAAUAGAGAGGAUCCAGUUCGUCGGAGCUUGUAAUCCACCCACCGAUCCAGGCAGGAAGCCUCUGUCACACAGAUUCUUGCGUCACGUUCCAGUCAUAUAUGUGGACUAUCCAGGUCCUACCUCACUGACCCAGAUCUAUGGAACAUUCAAUCGUGCAAUGCUGAGAAUUGUUCCUCCGCUGAGAAGCUAUGCUCAGCCCCUGACUGAUGCUAUGGUGGAGUUCUACUCCAUGUCUCAAGAACGCUUCACUCAAGACAUGCAGCCGCAUUACAUUUACAGCCCUCGAGAAAUGACUCGAUGGGUAAGAGGAAUCUGUGAAGCAUUGAAGCCAUUGGAGACUUUGUCAGUCGAAGGACUUGUUCGCCUGUGGGCUCACGAAGCACUGCGUCUCUUCCAAGACAGGCUGGUCGAAGAUGAUGAGCGUAAGUGGACAGAAGAGAAUAUCAACAAUAUAGCCUUGAAACACUUUCCGAACAUAGAUCGUAAUACUGCCCUUGCUCGACCAAUCUUGUACAGUAACUGGCUGUCGAAGGACUACAUGCCUGUGGAGCAGGAAGAACUCAGAGACUUUGUCAAAGCAAGGCUAAAGGUGUUUUAUGAAGAAGAGUUGGAUGUUCCUUUGGUGUUAUUUAAUGAAGUGCUUGACCAUGUUCUACGAAUUGACAGAAUCUUUAGACAGCCACAAGGGCACUUGUUGUUAAUUGGUGUUAGUGGAGCUGGUAAAACUACGCUGUCAAGAUUUGUGGCAUGGAUGAAUGGUCUGAAAGUCUUCCAAGUCAAGAUUCACCGAAAGUACUUGGCGGCAGACUUUGAUGAAGACUUGCGAGCAGUUCUCAGACGUGCAGGCUGCAAGAAUGAGAAAAGUGUCUUCAUUUUGGAUGAAUCUAACAUACUGGAAUCAAGCUUCCUGGAAAGGAUGAACACACUUCUGGCAAAUGGAGAGGUUCCAGGAUUGUUUGAAGGAGACGAGUACACCACUCUGAUGACGCAGUGUAAGGAAGGGUCACAAAGAGACGGUCUUAUGUUAGACAGCAGCGAGGAGCUUUACAAAUGGUUCACACAACAGGUUAUGAACAACUUGCACGUUGUUUUUACUAUGAAUCCUUCCUCGGAAGGUCUGAAAAGCCGAGCAGCCACAUCUCCUGCCUUGUUCAACAGGUGUGUCCUCAACUGGUUCGGUGAUUGGUCCACUGGUGCGCUCUAUCAAGUUGGCAAAGAGUUCACCAGCAAGAUUGACUUGGAGAAGUCUAAUUACAAUCCACCAGACUACCUCCCCAAGGUGUAUGAAGAACUGCCCAUGACACCCAGCCACAGAGAAGUUGUCAUCAAUGCUUUUGUUUAUGUUCAUCAAACCUUGCACCAAGCCAAUGAACGCUUAGCCAAGAGAGGAGGGCGUGUUAUGGCUAUCACUCCUCGGCAUUAUCUAGACUUUAUUAACCAUUACGUGAAAUUGUUCAAUGAGAAGAGAUCUGACCUUGAAGAACAACAACUUCACCUUAAUGUGGGUUUGCAAAAGAUCCGUGAAACUGUGGACCAGGUGGAAGAGCUGCAAAAGAGUUUGUCACUCAAGAGCCAGGAAUUGGAGGCAAAGAAUGCUUUAGCCAAUCAGAAGCUGAAACAGAUGGUGAAAGACCAACAAGAGGCAGAGAAGAAAAAGGUUACUUCCAUGGAUAUACAAGCAACAAUCGAGAAACAAACUGCAGAGAUCAAAGAGAAGCAAUCCAGUGUGAUGGAUGAACUGUCUAAGGUGGAACCAGCUGUGCAAGACGCCAAGAUGGCCGUAAAGUCGAUCAAGAAACAGCAUCUUGUCGAGGUUCGUUCCAUGGGUAACCCACCUCCAGCAGUCAAACUUGCACUGGAAUCCAUUUGUCUGUUGCUUGGAGAGCAAGCAGCCGAUUGGAGGACCAUCCGUGGUGUUAUCAUCAAGGACAACUUUAUCUCAACCAUUGUGAACUUUUCCACAGAGGACAUAUCAGAUGACAUUCGUAAGAUUAUGGUAAACAAGUAUCUUAGCAACCCGGACUACAACUUUGAAAAAGUGAACCGCGCCAGUUUAGCCUGUGGUCCACUUGUUAAGUGGGCUAUCGCUCAGAUAAGUUAUGCGGAUAUGCUGACGAAAGUCGACCCUCUGAGAAAUGAACUGAAGAGUUUGGAGAUUGAAGCACAGGCGAGCAGAAUAAAGGCGGACGAGAUUAGCCACGUGAUUGCGGAACUUGAGAAGAGCAUUGCUCGCUACAAGGAGGAAUACGCGGCACUGAUUAGUCAGGCUCAGGCCAUCAAAGCUGACCUUGCAGCAGUUGAAGCAAAGGUGAGCCGUAGCACUGCUUUGCUACGAAGUCUGUCUGUGGAGAGACAGAGAUGGGAAACUGGAAGCAACGCAUUCCAGACUCAGAUGGGUACUAUUGUUGGAGAUGUGCUUCUUUCCUCUGCGUUCCUUGCCUAUGCUGGUUAUUUUGAUCAACAACUUCGUCAGAAUCUGUUCACCUCUUGGGCUUCUCAUUUGCAACAAGCAAACAUACAGUUUAGACCUGAUAUUGCAAGAGUAGAGUAUUUGUCCACUGCUGAUGAACGGCUCCAGUGGCAGGCAAACUCAUUACCAGCUGAUGACCUGUGCACAGAAAACGCCAUUAUGCUGAAGAGGUUUAACCGUUACCCUCUGAUCAUUGACCCGUCUGGACAAGCCACUGAGUUUUUGCUGAAUGAAUACAAGGGAAAAAAGAUCAGCAAGACGAGUUUCCUGGAUGAUGCCUUCCGUAAGAAUCUGGAAAGUGCUCUGAGGUUUGGUAAUCCGCUCCUUGUUCAGGAUGUUGAAAGCUACGAUCCAAUCCUGAACCCUGUAUUGAACCGUGAGCUUCGUCGCACAGGAGGUCGUGUUCUUAUCACCAUUGGAGACCAAGAUAUCGAUUUGUCACCGUCGUUUACUAUUUUCCUAUCCACAAGGGAUCCUACGGUGGAGUUUGCUCCUGACUUGUGCAGUCGUGUGACAUUCGUUAACUUCACCGUGACUCGCAGCAGUCUGCAGAGCCAGUGUUUGAAUCAAGUGUUGAAAGCUGAAAGACCUGAUGUUGAUCAAAAGAGGUCCGAUCUACUCAAGCUGCAAGGCGAGUUUCAUCUUCGUUUGCGGCAUCUGGAGAAAUCUUUGUUGCAAGCUUUGAAUGAUGCUAAAGGAAGGAUCCUCGAUGAUGAUCGAAUCAUAGCAACUCUUGAGAAGCUGAAGGAAGAAGCAGCUGAGAUCACUCGUAAAGUAGAAGAGACGGACGUUGUGAUGGCUGAGGUUGAAGCAGUGUCUGACCAGUAUGGAGCGCUGUCGCAUUACUGUAGCAGUAUCUACUUCACUAUGGAAGGCCUGAACUUGGUCCAUUUCCUUUACCAGUUCUCUCUCCAGUUUUUCCUGGAUAUUUUCCAGUGUGUGUUGUACGAGAAUCCAAAACUUCAAGGAAUGAAAGAUCCUCAGCAAAGGUUGAAAGUUCUGUCAAGUGACUUGUUUCAGGUCGUGUACAACAGAGUCGCCCGUGGUAUGAUGCAUGACGACAGAAUCACGUUUGCUAUGCUUCUGUGUCGAAUCUUCCUCCGUGGACUGCCUGGUGAAUCUGAGUAUGAGGACGAGUUUGAGCUGUUUUUGCGAGGAGGAGAAACUGUCCUGUCAGGAAAAUCGCCAAAGAUCGAUGGACUCUCACCGGAACAGGCAACUGCUGUGGUCCGUCUGUCCAAGUUACCUGCUUUCAAAGAACUUCAGGCUUACAUUCAAAUGAACCGCAAGGAUUUCUUCGAGUGGCUGGAGUCUGGAAAACCAGAGCGUAAUGUACCAGCCUGUUGGGACUCUGAACUGUCUCUGUCAAAUAUUGCCCAGUCAGUCCAUCAGCUGCUUGUGAUACAGGCGUUAAGACCUGAUCGGAUUUUAGCCAUGGGUCAGAGGGUAGUGGGGACAAUACUCGGCGAGAACUUUAUGCAUGAUGCCGAGCAAGGACUGGACUUAGCAUCUGUUGUUGAAAACGAGGUCAAGUCGUCUACACCGUUGCUGUUGUGCUCUGUGACCGGUUAUGAUGCCAGUGGUUGGGUUGAUGACCUCGCCGCCGAACAGAACAAACAGUGCACGUCAAUUGCUAUUGGAUCUGCGGAGGGUUUCAGUCUUGCUGACAAGGCCAUCAACUCAGCAACAAAGUCUGGAAGGUGGGUUCUCCUCAAGAACGUUCAUCUGGCUCCACAGUGGCUGGUAACUUUGGAGAAGAAGCUCCACUCUCUAAACCCACACUCUAGCUUCAGGCUGUUUAUGACUAUGGAGAUAAAUCCCAAGGUUCCUGUUAACUUACUGAGAGCUUCCCGUGUGUUCGUGUUCGAACCUCCGCCAGGCGUGAAGGCCAAUCUACUUAGAACCUUCAGCGCUGUACCAGCCGCCAGGAUGUGCAAGGCUCCUAGUGAACGAGCCCGCCUCUACUUCUUAUUGGCCUGGUUCCAUGCCAUUGUUCAAGAACGUCUCCGCUAUGUACCCCUUGGAUGGUCCAAACGUUAUGAGUUCAGUGAGUCUGAUCUGCGAGUCGCUUGUGAUACACUGGAUACUUGGCUGGACGCCAUUGCCCAGGGUCGAACAAACCUGCCUCCCAACAAGGUUCCAUGGGAUGCACUUCAAGCGUUGCUAUCUCAAGCAAUUUAUGGCGGACGAAUUGACAACGAUUUUGAUCAGCGUCUGAUGACCUCUUUUGUGACUCGCCUGUUCACCGUUAGCAGUUUUGAAUCCGACUUCCCGUUGGUUCUUGAUGUGGAUGGUGAAAAAGGCAAAAAGAUCGUUAUGCCAGAAGGAAUUAGGCGAGAACAGUUUCUACAAUGGACUGAAGCUCUUCCUGAUGCCCAGUCUCCCUCUUGGCUCGGCUUGCCCAACAAUGCUGAGAAAGUGCUGCUCACCACACAAGGUCAGGACAUGGUUACGAAGCUGCUGAAGAUGCAAAUGUUGAGUGAUGACGAUGAGCUGGCCUACUCCCCAGACUCCGCUAGAAAGAGAAGAGAGAGUGACCCGCGUCCGGCCUGGAUGAGAACCUUGCAUACCACAGCAGCCAAUUGGUUGAGCAUGAUACCCAAGGAUUUGACUCCCUUGAAGCGUACCUGUCACCAUUGCCAGUGGUCCUAACGAUCGGUUGACUAUUGACGACUGCAGCUUUGGAAUUAAAGGUUUGAGGCUUCAAGGUGCCCGUUGCCAAGACAACAAGCUGGAGCUAACGGCAACAAUUUCAACAGACCUCGCACUGACAAGUCUCAAGUGGAUCAGAGUUGAACCAGGAUCUGCAAACCUUGAAGUAGGAAAAGUCACCCUCCCCGUGUACCUCAACCACACACGAACUGAGCUCCUCUUCACCGUCGACAUGACAACCAGAGGAGAAGCUGCUGGUCGAGAACACCGCUUUUAUGAGCGAGGUGUGGCUUUCUUGGCGUCCUCCUUGAGUGGAUAAAGUCACAUGUUUUUGGCGCGUGAUGAACAAGUUAUUGACUUGCAUUUCCGACUUAAAAAAAAGCACAUUAGAUAACCUUAGAAUCGGGGAAGUGUUAUAACUUAGCUUAUAUAUAGUAAUAAACUUUUAUCGAGUUCAUUCAAACAGGCAGUAAAGGAUUUUUUUCUUUCUUUCUAGAUGUUUCUCAAUAAGUAGUUGAAUACA